AUGGCGGACACCGAUGCCCCUGUCCCCGCUGCAAGCGUGCCAGCUCCGCGGCCGACGUCAACAACUGCGGCGGCGAAACGAGUGCCACUGGCUUCAGCUACCAAACCAGUAUCACCAUCCACAGCUCGCCCUGCCCUUGGAACUAGCAUCAACAAGCCUCCUACUCGACCUUCGGUGACAGUCCGGAGAUCAGGAACCGCAGCCACCAAAACAACUUCAGAAAAUGAAGCCCAACCAGCGAUACCGACUGACGGGACACAGAAGUCCCCUAGUGCCAAUGGCGUCUCACGACGAAUCUCCUCCAUUGAGGCGGCGAAGCCGGCGUUUUCGAAGGUUAUACCACGGACUUCUACUGCGCCUUCGACCACAGGCAUUGUAAAGAGACCGGCGAUGAGCUCGCGCACUAGUAGCAGAGAGAGCAUGGCAUCUAGCACAAUAAGGCCACCCAGUAGCUCGAGAAGUACGAGAACCUCUCUCGCCCCUAGUAGUCGGCCCGCAGAGAACACAACCAGACCCGCCUCGAGAAUAUCCACGAUGCCACCACCGCCGAAGCCAGCUUCAGCAGCUCUGCCGACCUCACUCUCAAGUCCGGAAUCGAGCAAGAAUGCAGCCUCCGUAGCUCCCUCAACACCCUCCAAACCAGACCUCCCCACAAGCCCUCCCAAACCCCUCGAGAAAGCGAGCCCAGCACGAUCGACCGAUCCCAAAAGCCCACCCAAGCUCACUUCAACCCCACGGAAGCUCUUCACUCACAGCACAUCCAAGUCCGUUUCGACCCCUCGGAAGCUCCUAGUCGACACCGAACCCGACACUCCCGCAGCACCCCCCCUCAGCAAACCUACCGUCCCGCAACCCCAGCAAGUCCGCCGCCCGGUCACCGCGCCUAGCAAGCCUGCCAGCAAGGAAGACGAGGAGGCGAAGGCGCAGAAGAGCAUGGAGGUAGUGCGGGAAUUACUGAGGGAAUCUACGGCAAGAGAAGCGCUCGAAGAGCAGAUCCGAGACUUGCAGGCCGAGGUUGAAUAUUUCCAGAAACGGCGGCCAUCAGUGGCAGCAUCCGGAAAGGAUGCAGAGAACAAGGCUGAGCUAGAGAAGCUCAAGGCCGAGCAUGCUGCUGUCGUGGAUCAGCUAGGAACGACACAUGCGUCUGAAUUGAGGGUUUUGCGGGACGAGCUGGCGAAGAGGGAGAAGGUUGAUGCGGAGCUGGCUACGAUCAAAAUGCAGUUGGCUGAAUCGCAGGCUAAGGCGCAGGCACUGGUCACGGCGCGGAAGACGGAGGUUGAAAAACUUAAUGCGGAGAUUGUGAAGAUGAGAAGGCAGCUCUUUGAGACGGCUGAGGCGAAGGCUGCUGCGGUUGCGAAGCAUGAGGCACAGUACGAGGAAAUUAAGAAGCAGCUCGAUGAAUCGAAGAAGGCGGCGGUAGAAGCAGCUGCGAAGCAAGAAGUCGAGCUGAAGAAACGCGAUGCUGAUAGGGAUGAGUUGACACGAACCGUGGAUGACCUCAAGAAGGAGAUCAACAAGGCUAAGUCCGAAGUAUCUACGCGAACUAGGAAACAGGACGAGGAAAGGAAGACAUCCGCCAAGAAAACCGAUGGGCUUCAAGCAGAGCUCGAGGACCUUUGCCGGAAGGAGUCUGAGGCGCGUCGGACGAACGAAGAUGCUGCAAAGAGAUCUGAAAAGAUCAUUGACGAUUUGCGGAAAGAGCUUGCAGAGGCGGUCAGAAAGGAAGACAAGCAGAAGGCGGACUUAAUAAAGACAACCCAGGAUCUGCAAGCCGAACUCGAGGAACUGCGUCGCAAAGAUUCUGAGGGACGCCAGGCGACUGAGCGUGCGGCAAUAGAGUCUGAAGAGACCAUAAAGGGGCUUCGGGCAGAGCUUGCGGACGCACUACAUAAGUCAGGCGAGCAGAAAGUGGGGCUAACGAAGACGACUCAGGAUCUGCAAGCUGAGCUUGAGGAACUACGCCGCAAGGAUACAGAGGGACGCCAAGCGACCGAAGACGCGGCCAAGAAGUAUGAAGAGGUUGUGAACGGCCUCCGCGCGGAGCUUGAAGCCUUACGGAAGACAAGCUCGGAGGACCUGAAGCGGAGCGAGGCCGCCGCGAAGAGCGCUGCCGGGCUCGCUGACGAUCUUACGACACAGUUGGAGAAGCUACAAGAGGGUCACGGAGUACAGAUGCGACAAAUGGAAGAGAAGACUGCAGAGUCGUCGAAACUUGUAGAGGAUUUGCGAAACAAACUGAAGACCCUUUACCAGCAGCAUAUUGAAGAAACGCAACGUGCCGAAGACGCUGACGAGCGGUCGACAGAGACACUCGAAAGCUUGCGGAAAGAGAUAGACGCGUUACGAGAAGCGAAAGCUGGUGAAUUGCGUGCUAAGGAGGACGAGCUAGCGCAAAGCCGGAAGAUUGUAGAGAGUCUUCAAGUUGACAUCCAGAAGCUACAGAACGACGGAAUAGACGGUAACAAAGUGGCCGAGGAACUGCGAAGCGAAGUCCAGAAGCUGCAGCAAGCGCAGGUCGCAUCUACGCAACAAAAAGAAGAAGAAAUCAAGAAUCUGACCACCAUCAUCGAAGAACUCCGCUCAGAAACUCAAACCUUGACCGAACGAAAUGUCCAGGCAAACCGUGAGAAGGAUCAGGAAGUCAAGAGCUUGACCCUUGUUUUGGAUAAGCUGCAGACGGAGAACGCUCAGCUCCAGCAGAAGAACACGGAAUUUGAGAACGCAAAAGAAAAGGAGAUCAAGAGCUUAGGCGAGACAAUUGACAGGUUGAAGGCCGACGCUGAGCACCUACAGGAGCAGAGCGUACAACAGGAGAAGGCCAGCCAGGAAGAGCUCAAACGCGUUGAUGUAGUUGCUGAGGGAUUGCGAGCUGAUCUUGAAAAGCAAAAGCGGGAAGCUUCCCAGUCCAUAGGCGACCGGCAGUCGGAAAUUUCUGACCUCAACAAGACGAUCGAGAGUCUGCAGGACAAGAUUAAAGGGAUGGAGUCCGAGAGUGCUGCCAGGCGAGACGCGCUAAAACAGGUCAACCAAGUCGCCGAUGGACUGCGAGCCGAGCUCCAAAAGCAGCAGCAGGAAGUUUCCCAGUCCAUGGACCAACGACAAUCCGAGAUAUCCAGCCUAAACCAAACGAUCGAGGAUUUGCACUCCAAGAUCACUGCCCUAGAGUCCUCCAAAGCCGCCUCAGCGGAAGCCUUCCAGCAGCAAAUCAAAGACCUAAAGACCGCCAUACAAGCCCUCAAAGGCGAUCUAGCCGCCGCCCAGCAACGCGAAGCCGACAUCACCGACGACUUGAGGGACAAGGAUAAGGUGAUCCAAGACCUGUACGCUCAGAUCAAGGCCGCUGAGCAAGAGAACACUGAGGCAAGCCGCAAACAGCUAGCUGAUGCUGAUGAGGCGCUGAAACGUGUCACAGCUAGCUACGAGGAUCGGCUAGAGCGGGCGAGCCAGUGGCAGGCUGAAGCUACAGAGAAGGAUAGGCAGGUUCAAGAGUUGCGAGAGGAAGUCGAAAAGCUCAAGGUUGAUGCGGUCGAAGAGGGCAAGAAGCGGGACGUCGAUAUCACGGCCGACCUCGAGCGAACCAUCGAGAGUCUCCGGGACGAGCUUGAGCUGGCACGACAACGCGAGGCCGAGGCUGCUGAAGCAGGUUUGAAGCUGCAGGCAGACACUGAAAGCUUCCAGUGCACCGUCGAGAAUCUUAGAACUCAGCUGGCAUAUUCUAAGAAUGAGCAUGCAAGGGUAAAAGAGGAGCUCCAAGCCAAGUUCAGCAGUGUUGAAGAAGCACAAGUCAAAGCGAUCCAGGAGCUGAAAUCUUUUCAUGUCGAAGCUUUAAAAGCGCAAGCUGAUCAAUUUGAGACUCGUCUCAAUGAGAGCAGCAGUAAGCACACAUCGCAUUCAAACGCUCUUCAGGAGCUGCAGAAGAACCACGAUGCGAUGAUCUCCGAGCACUCCAACGCCAUCGCAGAGCUCAAAAAGACUCACAAAGCCGCCCUCGCCGAGCGCGACGCCGCGGACUCGAAAACAGCGGCAGACCUCAACAGCCGCGCCAUCCCCCCCGAAGCCACUUCGAACGAAGAAAGCGAUAGGAUCGUAGCUUCGCUCAAAGCUGAGCUCGCAGGCUCCAAAGCCGCCCUCACGUCUCUACAAUCCGAGCUCGAAGAAGCCCGCGCUGAUAUCAGGACGCUUGAGGACGUGAAUGAGGAACUCUUUGAGGGGCAGGAUCGCUUACAUGAAAAGCUUAAGGACGCUCGACAGGAGAAGGAGGAGAGUGCGAGGGGAUUGGAGAGGGUGAAAGCAAGCCGGCAUACAGACGCAAAGUCCGAUGCUAGACGUACCAUGUCGCCGCCACUCGGCGGCACAACGCUCAACGGCGAUUUUGCUCCUAGCAAGUGGGCGACUUCGGCAUUGAAGGAGGUGAUGGAUGGCGCCGAUGCGCAGGCUACGUCUGGCGCGGAGACGGAGCCGAUGACGGGGAGGUUGCAAAAUGGGUUUUCGCUCGAAGGCACUCUAGCAUCGCUACGCGAACAGACACGGCAGCUUGCGGAACUGAACGAUGAUUAUUUGAAGGAGAACACGAGGAUGACCAAGUUGGUCGCCGAUAUGGAUGAUGCUUUGCCCGGCGAUGGCGCGUUGGGGGUCUGUGCAUGA